AUGGCCGGCGGUGCUGAUGCUGGCGGCGGCUUUGACGCUCUUCUCACUCCUCCUGAUGAGGCUGGAUGGAGGGGUCUGUAUAAGAACAGACGCGCCCUCUUCCUCGCCUGUUUUGCGUCCCUCGGUGGUGUCCUCUACGGAUACAACCAGGGUGUCUUUGGUCAAGUCCAAGUCAUGUAUGAUUUCAGGCAGAGAUACCUCCCAGAGGGAACCAGUCCCGACAUCAGGGCUCUCUUGACCUCUAUCCUCGAACUGGCUGCCUUUGUUGGUGCCAUUAUGGCCGGUCCUCUCUCUGACCGAUACUCUCGAAAGUAUUCCAUCUCUGGAUGGUGUGUCAUCUUCAUUGUCGGUGUCGUCAUUCAGGCGGCUGCUAGCAGAGACAUUGCGUGCAUCUAUGCUGGUCGAUGGUUUGCCGGUAUGGGUGUCGGUGCCUUGUCAAUGUUGGUCCCCAUGUUCAACGCCGAGCUCGCGCCUCCCGGUAUCCGUGGUUCCCUCGUCGCCCUCCAGCAACUCGCCAUCACCUUUGGUAUCUUGGUCUCUUACUGGAUCGGAUACGGAACCAACUACAUUGGCGGUACCGGGGAAGGUCAAUCAACUGCUGCCUGGCGUAUCCCCCUCGCUCUCCAGUUGGUGCCCGCUUUGGUCCUCUGUGUUGGCGCCUACUUCCUCCCCUUCUCUCCCCGAUGGCUCAUGCUCCGAGGCCGUGAAGACGAAUGCCUCGUCACCCUCGCCAAGCUUCGAAACUCUACCCCCGAGGCCCCUGCUGUGCAAUACGAAUUCCGUGCCCUCCAGGCCGAGCGUCUCGUCGAGCGUGAGGCUGCCAAGGAGCGAUAUGGUCAGGACGAGGUCAACUUCAAGGUCACUGUGGCCGAGUACAAGAGGCUUCUUACCACCAAGCCUCUUCUCCGUCGUCUCAUGCUCGGUGCGGGUGCCCAGGCUUUGCAACAGUGGACUGGUAUCAACGCCAUCAUCUACUACGCGCCUACCAUCUUUGAGCAGAUCGGUUUGACUGGCGGUACCAUCGGUCUUUUGGCUACUGGUGUCGUCGGUAUCGUCAACUUCGUAUUUACCAUUCCCGCCGUCCUCUUUGUCGACAACUUCGGUCGAAAGCCCAUUCUCGCCUGGGGUGAAGCCCAGAUGGCUAUCUCCCACGCCGUCAUCGCCGCCAUCAUUGCCGUCUACGGCGACUCUUUCCCUUCCCACAAGACCGCCGGUAACGCCGCCGUCUUCAUGAUCUACUGGUACAUUGCCAACUUUGCCGUCACCUGGGGUCCCCUCGCCUGGGUUGUUUCCGCCGAGGUCUUCCCUCUCGAUAUGAGGGCCAAGGGUAUGGGUAUCUCUUCCGGUGUCAACUGGCUCAUGAACUUUACCGUCGCCAUGGUCACCCCCCACAUGAUCGACUCUAUCGGCUACAGGACCUACAUCGUCUUCAUGUGCUUCUGCAUCGUCGGCUUCCUCUACUCUGUCUUCCUCCUCCCCGAACUCAAGGGUCUCUCGCUCGAAGAGGUCGACAAGAUCUUCAAGGACACUUCCGGUGCCGAGGACAGGGAGAGGCGAGAGAGGAUUGCCGCGCAGAUUGGCCUGGACAAGGUUGCGCACGAGGUGCAGCACAAGGAGAAGGUCGAGCACGACGACUUGGUGUAA